AUGGAUAAUGGCAGUGCAGGAGCAGGAGUUAUGGGACCAAACUUCCGUAAAGCAAUCGCAAUGGGAAAAACUGCUUCCAUUUUUCAGGAUAUGACAUGUGAUGGUGUUGUAGCAUUUUGGAUAUUUUUACUUUUUUCACUUAUUUUACAAAAUGUUAAUUUCACAAACGGUGGCCGGCCGGACGAACUGCAUAUAGGCGGCAUUUUUCCCAUAGCCGGCAAGGGAGGAUGGCAGGGUGGUCAGGCAUGUAUGCCGGCAGCAAGAUUGGCAUUGGAUGAUGUUAAUAAAGAACAAAAUUUGUUACCUGGAUUUAAGUUGAUAUUGCACAGUAAUGACAGUGAGUGUGAACCAGGUCUGGGUGCCAGUGUUAUGUACAACCUCCUCUACAACAGACCGCAGAAACUUAUGCUAUUGGCUGGCUGCAGCACAGUCUGUACAACAGUCGCUGAAGCAGCAAAAAUGUGGAAUUUGAUUGUGCUCUGCUAUGGUGCAUCAAGUCCAGCGCUAUCGGAUCGCAGCCGCUUUCCCACAUUAUUUCGCACACAUCCAUCCGCAACCGUUCACAAUCCGACGAGAAUAAAAUUAAUGAAAAAAUUUGGAUGGUCACGUGUGGCCAUACUGCAGCAAGCUGAAGAAGUUUUCAUAUCGGUGAGUAAUUUAAAUUUUAUGCAUACUUAUGAAAUCCCACAACUCACAUGA